ACGGCAGCUCACCGGGGUUUGCCUUACUUCCACCCGAGGGGACUUCACCGUCAGCCUGGGCGAGACCGGCCUCACCGCCUCCAUCACCACUGGUCUCUGCAAACCGCCCCGAGCAACAAGCAAACAUGGCUCCUUUUGAGAAAUCCAUGGAGAUGAUGCCCUUCAAGCAGAGGAAAUGCCUCGAAACAAGGAAAGAUGAAGUGUGCAGUAUUCGGUCUAAAUUCCCCAACAAGUUGCCUGUGAUUGUUGAACGUUACAUCCGUGAAAAGACUCUCCCUCUGUUGGACAAAACAAAGUUUCUGGUUCCCUUCGAGCUCACCCUGGGUCAGUUCCUGUGUCUGCUCAGGAACAAGAUCGCCCUGGACACCACCCAGGCUCUGUUCCUCCUGGUAGCGGAGAGGAGCAUGUCCAGCAUGUCCUCCAGCAUGGGUGAGGUGUAUUCUCGCUACAGGGACGCCGACGGCUUCCUCUACAUCACCUACGCCUCGCAGGACAUGUUCGGAGCUCCUCGGCUUGCAGCCAGGCCUCCGCGCUGAGGCUCAAAACGAGAUCACACGAACUGAGUCCCGACCAACAAUGGUGACGCCACUGGAGGAAAAGGGACAAACUGAGCCAAACAGAGACAGUGUGUUCCAGUUUUACGUCCCCAAACUGCACAUCUGCCUACCUCAUCGAACCUUUCUGGACUCCUGUUUUUUUUCUUUCUUUUUUUUUAACUUUUGUUCUUAAGCGAGUCAAAAAGGGUGGACAAGGCUCACCCUGAUGAAGACUUUAGUUUGACUGACUGAUCAUAUGAUUGACAUAUUCAUUCAUUUCUGAGAAAAAGUAAUACACACACACACAGAAAAGUUGAUUUCGAGAAGAUGCAAGACUGCUGUGAUCAACCUCUGAUCCUUCUGCGGGCCCCAAAAAGAACACGUUUGAAUCAUAGCCUUUGUUUUUGACAUGUUUUCCCUCCUCUUGAGCUUCACUGCACAUAAACCUCCUUCUAGUGGAGCCGCCACCACCCCGACAGACGCAGGGUAAAUAUCACAGCCGAUGAUAAUCAGGCCCCUUCUUAGCACUUAUCCCCCUCCUCACCUCUUUAUUUUAGAUCGCCUCCUCAUCCUCAUCUUCCCACAAGAAUGUGAAACCGAUUCAUCGUAUCAGGAACUACCACGGAUGUCAUUUUAUGUUGCUCUGAUUCUUUAUUCAGUACACCAGAAACUAAAUAAACAAUCAUCAUUAUAUUUCA